GUCACAAAGUUCGCCGAGGAAACUAUUAAAAGCCUUCCCUUCACUCAAAAAUGACGAAUCGAGAAGUGAAGAUUCUCAAAAACCCUAGAAAAUCUGCAUUUCUCUAAUAAAUCCCAACCUAUGGCUGACUCAGUAGUGCACAAAGAAGAAGGUUCAAUGCCACAAACUGGAAACAAAGACGAACCCACAUUGCUCUCCAAGCGCAAACUCGAUUCACUUCCAGUUUCUAAAGGCAAAGAAGAAGAAGAAGUAGUAGCAGUGGUGGAAGAAGAAGAUCAAUCCAACAAAAUUCAGAAGCUCCAAUCUCUCGUUGACAAUGGAAAUUCACCAGUCAUCGAAGAGGAAACCACCGAAAAGAAGCGUCUACAACGUUCCAGUAAGAAUUCCGGCGCCAAUUCAUCCAUUUCCGAAGUGAAAAACGGCAGUAAAGCUGUAGCGGAAGAUAACGACGCCGGAGAAGAAGACGACGACGAUGUAGAUUAUGAGGAUGAGGAGGAAGAAGAAAACGGAGAGGCGGCUGUGGUGGAUAGGAAAGGAAAGGGGAUAAUGGUAGAAGACGAGGAAGGUGAAGAUAGUGAUGAUGAUGACGACGACGAUUCAAGUGAUGGUGGAAGCGAAUUGGAUGGUGAUGGUAGUGAGCUGGAGGAUGAUCCUUUGACGGAGGUUGAUCUGGAUAACAUUCUUCCAUCCAGGACGCGGCGACGAACGGUGCUGCGUGGGGUUUCUAUUGCUAAUAGACGUGGUAACUGGGGUGAUGAUAGUGAUGCCUGAUUCAUGUCAGAUUUGGCUUGCCCCCAUAGCAUCUUAAUGGAUGGGUAUCCUGGAAUAUCAAGAAAAGUUUACGUUACAUAAAGCAACUGUACACAUGGUUCUUAUGUUGUGAAAUUGAAAUGUGAUUUAGACAUAUUAGAUUCCAUUUGCUAGCAAGUUGUCAUUUAUUCAACAGUUCUCACAUUAAAUUCGUACUUGGUGAGUAGCAGAAUUUAGGAAUGCAGCAUCGUGUCAUCUGGUGUUGUGUCUGGUUGGGAUUUCAUGGUGUAUGGAUGCUUUAUCACAUGUUCUGUUAUUGGCCA